GGCGGCCUCAGUAACGCACCGCCCGUUCGCUAGCGCGUACCUCCGCGCGCCCUCUUGCGAUUCGCAUACUUCCGAUAGACUGACCGAGUGAGUGAGUGCGCGUGCAGUGAGUGGGAUGUGCCCGGCCGCAUGAGGAUCCUGCUGAGCGAGCUGGGACUGUCUGGCGCGUGCUUCGGCCUGACCCUGGAGCCGCGCGCCGCUCUGGACCCCGACCGCGACCGCCACGGCGACAAGCCUGCGCCAGGGCCGAGCGCCAUAGAGCCGCGCUCGCCAAACGCUUUCACGUCCAACUCUACCAGCAUGCUACUGCUGCAGACACACAGCAACUACGGUUCGUCUUUCACUGAUUUACUGUCACCCCAAUAUCAAGAGGAUUCUUCGGAGAUCUUAGAAGAAAACUUAGAUCCAUUCCCGGACGUCGAGUUUCAUGCUCCGAUUCCGCCUGAAAUCAAAUCGCAUCGUACUACUCCAGUGAGCGAGACCCCCUCGCCGACCCUCGGCCCGGCCCUGCCUAGUUUUGAAGAAACUUAUUCAGUUCGCUACCCAAAACCAGAGAUGGCCGAAUUCGGUUUAAAAAUGGAGGAAGACUGCUACAACGUUAGUGCGUAUUCCCACCAGGGACACGCUUCUACGCACGUCUUAUACCAAUACCAACCUUCAAUUCCUUAUGUUCCUUCGCCAUAUUAUGCACCGCCACAACAAUGCAGUCCUACGUUCGAUACUGGCGGCGUGCCCCACAAUCAGGACUCAUAUUCACUGCCCCCAUUUUCGAGUUCCGUCGAUUUACACGUGUCUACGGACCAGAAUCGACAAAGGAGAGCAUCACUGCCAGUGCAGCGAUCAGAAUCGAAUAGUUCCAAUGACAGCCCGAAGAUUCACGGACCGAAAGUGCACUGUAUGCAGGCGUCGGCACCGAGCUCGGCAUCCAGCUCGCCCGGGGGCGUCCCGCCGGACGGCGGCUUGCGAGCCGCGCCGCCAUCGCCCAGCCAGCUCUGCGCCGUAUGCGGGGACACCGCCGCGUGCCAACAUUACGGUGUUAGGACUUGCGAAGGUUGUAAAGGCUUUUUCAAACGGACUGUUCAAAAAGGAUCAAAAUACGUUUGUCUAGCGGAAAAAUCUUGCCCUGUAGAUAAAAGAAGACGGAACAGAUGUCAAUUUUGUCGAUUCCAAAAAUGUCUUAAUGUCGGUAUGGUCAAGGAAGUUGUACGAACAGAUUCCUUAAAAGGAAGGCGAGGAAGAUUACCUUCUAAGCCAAAAUGCCCACAAGAAUCUCCUCCGAGUCCGCCCAUUUCACUGAUUACCGCCCUUGUAAGAGCGCAUGUAGAUACUUCGCCAGACUUUUCUAAUCUUGAUUAUUCUCAGUACAGAGAACCUAAUCCCAUGGAACCACCGAUGUCCGACUCGGAAGUAAUUCAGCAAUUCUAUUCAAUCCUAACAACAUCGAUCGACAUGAUAAAGGUUUUCGCCGAGAAGGUUCCAGGGUAUGCAGAACUGUGCAUUGAGGAUCGUGAUCAACUUUUUGCUUCAGCGCGGCUUGAAUUGUUCGUAUUGAGACUUGCAUACCGCACGAGGCCCGAGGACACAAAGUUAACUUUUUGCAAUGGUCUAGUCCUGGACAAGCGACAGUGCCAACGAUCGUUUGGAGACUGGCUGCAUGCGGUGCUAGAUUUCAGCAAUACACUGCACUCAAUGGACAUCGACAUUUCGACCUUUGCGUGCCUGUGCGCCCUUACUCUGAUAACAGAGAGGCACGGCUUAAAAGAGACGCGGCGAGUGGAAGAGCUGCAAAUGAGGAUCAUCGGCUGCCUGCGCGCGCACAUGCCGAACGGCGGUGGCUCGGGCGGCGGUGGCGGCGCGCCGCACUUCUCGCGCGUGCUGGGCGCGCUGCCCGAGCUGCGCUCGCUGUCCGUGCAGGGCCUGCAGCGGAUCUUCUACCUGAAGCUCGAGGACCUGGUGCCCGCGCCGCCCCUCAUAGAGAACAUGUUCCGCGCCAGCCUGCCUUUCUAAACGGGCCUUCCCUGCCGCCCGCACAAAUUCCCCGAGGACCACUCCAGCCUUCAAAUGCAUCAUCUUCUACUACUAAAAUCCAUCAUCUCUAUUAUUUUUAUAAGUGUUUAGAUUAGAAUAUAAUAUAUUUUUCUAGGGAAUAGUUGAACAUUAUAGAACUCGAUCUCCCGGUAUCGAUUUCAAUCCUUUAAAAAACCUUUUAUAUGUUAAUUAAUUUGAUCAAACAAGACAAUCGUACCGCUUAAGUAGAUAAGCUUAAUUUAUUGUAAAUGUAGAAGGUAGUCGUAUUUGGGUGUGAUUUUGUUUAAACUUUGUCGUUAUGUGUAUUUACCUAUAGAUGUAGUCUGCAUUUGAGUUACCGCUCGUGAUCGAUGGCAUCUUGUCGUACAAAAUAUUCCUAUGUUAUUUACUUGCGUAUUAUAUAGAUACGAAUAAUCUAGUCAAAAGACUUAGAAAUGUUAUAAUAUUUGGCUCGUGAUCUUCGAGCUUUUAUAGUAAAUUUAAUAAAAGUUACUUUACGAAUAA